CAAACUCCUAAUUAUAGAAAUCAAAGUCAUCUUCAUUUUUGCCCAUUUAUAGUUCCAAAGCAAUUCUCCCCAAGGCCACAAAUCAACCAAAAAAACCUUAAAACACAUCAAGAAACAUAUGGGUUCAGGAAAAACUAGGGCUAACCCUAAGCGUCCAUGGGUGAGACACCCGAGUCACAUUCAUCCUUUGCGGGUCUUCGAAUCUCAAGAGGGAGAUGAGAUCAUUUGCUCUGGAUGUGAGCUCGAACUAAUUGGGCAAGCUUUCAAGUGUACAAAGACAGAGUGCAACUACUUCUUGCACAAGUCAUGUUUCAACCUUCCCGGUGAGACCCAUCACAAGUCUCACCCUGAUCACCCUUUGACCCUGGUCCAUUCUCCACCGUACGACCAGUCCACUUUCACAUGUGAUGCGUGCGGUGAGUAUGGAUCUGCUUUCACAUACCAUUGCUCGGAAUGCCAGUACGUUAUUCAUGUGGGAUGUGCGUUUGUCCCUGAGACUGUGGAGCGUGAAGAUCACGAACACCCACUCACUCUACUUUACAACACACCGUGCAAGGGUCGCGAGGAUGGUGUGACGUUCAUAUGUGAUGUUUGUGAAGAAGAUAUGCCGGAGAAUCUAUGGGUGUAUUAUUGCAAAGAAUGUGACUAUGGGACGCAUGUACAUUCAUGCUCCACAUAUGAAGAUAACGAGCCAAAGAAUGGAGAAGCAGAAGGAGAAACAAGCUCGGCGGCUACAAUGAUAAACUCGGUAAUGAAUGCUGAGAAGGAGAUGGCGAUGAUGCAGCUCGAGUUAGAUGCUAUUGACGCAGGGAAUAGUUACGUCGGUUCAUGGGAACCAGGGAGGAGAUAUUAUUGGUAAGUUAAUCAUGAAUGUUUGGAAGGGGAUGAUGAUAAUCAACUUUACACCACAAACUUGUGGUUUUAUUGCUAUCUUUUGUGAAUUUCGGUUAUGAAAUAAAACCAAGAAAAAUAUUAAACUGUCUGAUUUCGUUUUUUUUAUGUUCUUUCCAUGUGGCUUGUUGUAAGAUUUCAUCUACUUUAUUGUGAAAUAAGAGAACUGUGAACUGAAUUAUUAUAGCUUCGCC